AAAAAAGUAAAAAUAAAAUAGGAAGUUUCAAACGCCACUACCCUACAUGAAUUUAUGGCAUACCCAAAACAUCCCGAGAGAUCCCCCCACUUAGAAAUCCUUGGUGCCAGUGGCCUAUUCUUAAUUCUUCUUGUUUUCUCCAUAUAAUUCAACCAGGGUCCCUGUCAAAAGGGGCCAUGGGCGGUAGAUUCUGAUAAUUACAAAGCCCACAGUGGGGGUCUAUUGAUUGGACUGGUCUUGGUGUCAACUUUUCUAGAAGGGUACAAGAUAGUAGCAUGAUAAUAGUAAAUUAACUAUUAUUUUCUGGUUUUUACACGGGUGUGUGUGGUGAUCCGGUGACCGACUCCCUUGACUUUGAAAAGACAGAGCAGUCUAAAAAUUUUUUCCAAUCGGAGAGCGCCACGUAAAAUGACAACCUGAUUCUGGACUUAUAUGCGUCACGGAGUGUUCCUGUGGUGACAUUCUACUGUAACAGCUGCCUGCGUUUCUGUCACGGUAUAAUUGGUUUUUGGGUACACCCAAAAUAAAGUAAGCAAUUAGAAAAAAAUUAAAAAAAAAUUAGGGUGUGAUCGGGAUUGAAAGAAAAUUAGAUGAGGCAAGAAGGAGGAAUCUUACCAGUGGAGGACUGUUGCUGCUUCUUCCGCACACAUUAACAUUUUGAUUUGAUGGUUCUGCUUAUCAGUUAUCACAAUCUCUAGAUAUUAGACAUAUCUAGAAGAGGAGAGAGAGAAGGGGAGGGGAAUAGGUGGUUGUGUUUCACUUUCCUUAUAACGCUUGUCCAGGUUGAUCAAGUUUCCAAAUUGUGAUUCCAAUAGCCAUGCUUCGCCUUUGGGGUAAAUCUCAUCAUGAUCAAGAGAAGGAUUUGCAGAAGUCUGAUUCCAAGGUUCAUGAGCUUAAGGCUGCACUUGGACCACUAUCUGGACGUAGUUUACAGUAUUGCAAUGAUGCAUGCUUGAAGAGAUAUUUGGAAGCUCGGAACUGGAAUGUAGACAAGUCAAAGAAAAUGCUGGAAGAAACACUGACAUGGAGGUCAACCUAUAAGCCUGAGGAAAUCCGCUGGAGUGAUGUUGCGACUGAAGGUGAAACUGGAAAAGUAUUCAGAGCAAAUUUUCAUGACCGGCAUGGGAGAACUGUUCUCAUACUGAGACCAGGAAAGCAGAAUACAACAGCACUAGACAAUCAGGUCCGUCACUUAGUAUAUCUCUUGGAGAACGCUAUCCUUAAUCUUCCAGAAGAUCAAGAACAAAUGGUAUGGUUGAUAGACUUCACUGGAAUGACAUUCAGCAACAGUGUGCCCAUCAAAACUGCUCGAGACACAAUAAAUAUUUUACAGAACCAUUACCCUGAGAGGCUAUUCUUAGCAUUUCUUUACAGCCCUCCACGGAUUUUUGAAGCUUUCUGGAAGGCUGUCAAAUAUUUAUUGGAUGCCAAAACAUUCCAGAAGGUGAAAUUUGUGUACCCAAAGGAUAAAAAUAGCGUUGAGUUGAUGAGUUCAUAUUUUGAUGUGGAAAAUCUUCCAACCGACUUUGGAGGAAAGGCCACGAUGAAUUAUGAUCAUGAGGAAUUCUCAAGGCUAAUGACCCAAGACGAUGUUAAAUCUGCCAAUUUAUGGGGAUUCGGCGACAAGCUGCAGCAUGUUAGUAAUGGACAUUCUGUAGCAGAGGUGUCUCCAGAGCCUGCAUGCCUAGCACCAGCAAGCUGAGUCACCCUCUUCUUAACUCGGCUGUAUUUUUGUCACAGGCUGAGGAAGAAUCAGCAAGAUAUCGUGGGUUUACUAACAGCAGAUAUCUUAGCCAUGUUCUGGACAAUAUAAACAUUUUUACUCUUAUCCCUUUUAUACUUUACUAGUUAAAAGGGGAACAGAAUCUAGUAUCUAGUAUAUCUUUCUUUACUCUGCCCUGGAUGCCUAGUUUCUUUGAAAUAAACAGAGCAAUUAGCAUGA